AUGAGUGCCCGAGGCGGAAGCCGACCACCUCCUCGAGGCCGCCCAAACAAGGUGACGAAGCCUACAGCCGGCCUCAAGAGGGACGCCCACGGCCGCGCCAGCCGACACUCCUCCGUGGCUGCCGACCAGCUCGAGCAGCUCGCCCACGAUGCGGAGGCCGAGGCCGAACACGAAGAUGACGACGAGAUAACCGCCCCUCCCCAACAUCACCAACAUCAUCACCAGCAGCAACACCACCCGCACCCUUUUGAUCUAGCCACCGCAGGCAUCCUAGCCAACGGUCCCUCUGGCACAGUACCCGGCGCUGACCCCGAUAUCCAUCCCGACCUACACGGCCUGCCGGCCCAGUUCGCCAUGGAAGCCCAGAUGGGUGGGCAUGGUCCUGGCGGCAUGUCGAGGACGGCUGAAGACCUCGCCUCCGAGAGUGGGUACGGCCAGCUACUCAUCGACAGUGCUCUCGCCAAGAGACUGGCCAACAACGAAGGAGAGCGACUCGCCGUACAGCGCCGCCAGGAUCAAACUCUGAACCUCAAGAGAAGAAGCAAUGUCGAGGCCCUACUGGCCCACGUAUCGGGACAGGAAGCUCAUAGUCCCUGCAAGAGUUGCCAUAAAGGAUAUGGACCCUGGAAUGGAUGUGUGGUCGUCAGUGGCCAAAUGUGUGGUAGCUGCGCCAACUGCUGGUUCAACGCGAGCGGCUCACGCUGUUCUUUCCAUGAGAACAACCUCCCUCAGCACAUGCCAGCCAUACAGCUGCAACCUGUGCCACAGGUGUCGGCGAAUACAAGCUUUGCCGGCACAGCGCCGAUGGCUCCCGGCAUGGCCCCCGCAGGACCCAGCUUCGGACAGCCAGGCGCCGAUCCGACCAUCGCCCAUUUCGUGAAAGAUGUGUUGGACAGAGCCAUGACGGAGGCACGGAGCGAUAACCCCCACGUUCGAUUCCAGCUCCGGAUCGAAACGGCGGCGCGGCAGCUAGCAUUGGCUAGCGCCGAGUACGCCGAGUUUCUUGCUCAGCAGGGGGGUCACGAUCCGAGUCAGCAUCCCGACCCAGAGGGCUCCGUUCCGGAGGCGGCGAUGGGGGAGGGGGACAACGGAGCGUGA